UAUCACCACCUUUAGAAUUCCACCCAAAUCGCGUCUCAUUUCAUUUCACAACGGAGCCCUAGAAAUCGAACAUGGAAGGAAAAGCAAAAUUCAGCGAAAUUGAACCUCCAAUUUCCACUGCCGCGCCGACGCCUCCGCCAUGGAUCGACCUCCCCGAUGCAUUGACGGCGAAUAUCCUGCAAAGGCUGAGCGCUGAAGAUAUACUGGAGAGAGUGCAGGAAGUGUGCACUACAUGGUGGAGAGUCUCCAAGAAUCUUCCCACGUGGCGCGUGCUUGAGUUGGAUAUUCAUCGUUACGGCGGCAGCCAUUUUAAAAGGUUUUACACUCGCGCAGUUGAUCGUAGUCAGGGAGAACUGACCGACCUAAAGGUAUAUUGUUAUAGAAAGAAGGAUUUGCUAGACUACGUAGUCAAGAGAUCGAGCAAGCUUCUACGCCUUACACUUGUGGAUUGUAAUUAUAAGGCAACUGAUUUGGCUAAGGCUAUAAAAAAACUCCCACAGUUAGAAGAGCUGCACCUUAUCAUGUGGUCAGCGGUCAGUCCCGAAGAGGUUGCGAACAUUGGCAUCUCUUGCCCCACGUUGAAAUCAUUUCAAUAUAUUAAAUAUUGGGAUGAGGCUCGUCUACAUGCAGAAAAUCAAUAUUGGAAUGAGGAUCGUUCAGAAUUUGAGGACGCUGAUGAAGAGUAUGGUGUAGCCAUUGGAAAAAGCAUGCCUAAUUUACGCCAUCUCCAACCUUGGGGACUUAAGAUGACGAAUGAGGGUCUGGAAGCAAUCCUCAAUGGCUGCCCCCACCUCGAAUCACUUAAUCUCCGGCAAUGCCGCGGUCUUGUUCUGCAAUGGGAUUUAGUUAAAAGAUGUAAGCGUAUAAAAGAUCUGAAGCUCCCUAUUUACUGUACCAGUGAUUUCAGUCGCCAAGUUCAAACCACCUGAAUAUGUUAUUACAUGGGAGGACUUGAAAUCAGACUACUUCUGUGAUUAUGAUUCUGAUGGUUUCAACUAUUUCUGAUUUUGAAAUUUUUUUUUGUGUUAAGUAUUGUGUUAGAUUCGGGAACUUUGUUUUUACUAAUGGAUCAUGAUGAUUUUGCUA